GCCCCGUAGUAUAACGGUAAUGGUGUUUCAAAUGCAUUUUUUAAUCCUUUUCGUUUCAGAAAAUUUGAAUAGCUUUUGUUGUCCUCCGCACGCAGGUCCCAACCAAGCCCCCUCACUCUCUCUCUCUCUCUGUCGCUCUUUUGUUUUUGUCUGUAAGCUGUAACAUGUUCUGGGACUGCAAGAGAAAAAGAAAAAGACUCAAAACCCCAACUCAAACCUUGGGUUUAUCAAUGCAACAACAAAAAAACAAAACAAAAACCCUUCCCACUUACCACCUUCCUUAUCUUAUACUAUUACUAUAUUCUUUAGUUUCUUACCCUAACUGUUUGAAAUUUGAAUACUGUUUAAUUCCAUUUUUUUAUUUUUUUCUCAUUUCCAACUCCCCAUGUUUAAGCCCGCGUCUCACUCUCCCUUUCUUUGACUACCUCGGUCACAUCACACCCCCCACAUUUCUCUUGACCAACCACAGUGGUGGGGAUCUUCAUAUUCUCCGGCAACGACAGCCGGGCAAACAUUUUACCGAACCAGCAGCACGGUUUUAUGCUUCAGAAGUCCUUCUAGCCCUCGAGUAUCUACACAUGAUGGGGGUGGUGUAUAGGGAUUUAAAGCCCGAAAAUGUGUUGGUCAGGGAGGAUGGCCACAUUAUGCUAUCUGAUUUUGAUUUGUCAUUGCGAUGUUUCGUCAAUCCCACGCUUGUGCAGUCCUGUUCUGAGCCAUCAUGUAGAAUUGCUUCAUACUGUAUUCAGCCAGCAUGUAUUGAUCCGGCAUGCAAAUUACCAGUAUGUGUAGAGCCUGCUUGCUUGCAGCCAUCUUGCUUUAAGCCUCGGUUUCUCAGUUCCAAAACAACGAAGGUGAAGAGUGAAAAAACAAAUUUGGUGAACUCAGAUUCAUUUCCUGUACUUAUUGCAGAACCAACUAACGCUCGCUCUAUGUCAUUUGUUGGGACUCAUGAAUAUUUAGCUCCUGAAAUUAUAAGAGGAGAUGGUCACGGGAGUGCUGUUGAUUGGUGGACAUUUGGUAUUUUCUUGUACGAAUUACUACUAGGACGAACACCAUUUAAAGGAAACGAUAAUCGGGAGACAUUAUUCAAUGUGGUUGGUCAGUCCCUAAAAUUUACAGAGGGAUCUUCAAUCAGUUUUGCUGCAAAGGAUUUAAUCCGUGGUCUGCUUGUGAAGGAUCCACAAAAGAGAUUAGGCUUCAAAAGAGGUGCCACUGAGAUCAAGCAACAUCCAUUCUUCGAAAGUGUUAACUGGGCUCUUAUCCGCAGUACGCAUCCUCCGGAAAUCCCUAAACCCAUUGAUAUCCCAUUGCUAAACCAAGCAUUUAAGUCAUCCUUGCCUUCAAAUGACAAGGGAGUCACAGACUCAGACAGGUCAUCUGGUCCUUACUUAGAUUUUGAGUUUUUCUGAAUUUUCACGGGAAGCUAUAGUAGUUAGUUUAGAUUGUUGAUGUAUGUUCAUGUUCUCAAUGAAAUCUCCCUUUUUUUUC